GCCUCGGGGGCUACACCCUGCUUUUUCUCCGCAGUGGGCUUCCCUUCUUAUUUGUAGAGCUUUGUUUCAGCUAUGUGACGUCCCCAGGCUGCUACUUGUGGGAACUGCCCUAGCGGUGGUUUGAUCUUGGUUCUCUGGAAAAGUCUGCGGAGAGAGAGCGAGAGGGGGGGACGAGCCGAGCCGGAGAAGAGAGAUCAUGGCGGCACCUCUCGGACGGGACACCCUACCUGACCACUGGUCGUAUGGAGUUUGCAGAGACGGCCGGGUCUUCUUUAUUAAUGAUAAAACUCAUAGCACUACUUGGCUACAUCCACACACGGGCGAACCUGUUAACUCGGGGCACAUGAUACGGUCAGAUUUGCCAAGAGGAUGGGAAGAGGGCUUCACGGACGAAGGAGCCAGCUACUUCAUCAACCACAACCUAAGGGCUACAUCAUUUCGACACCCAGUAACCGGACAUAUAUCCCCUGAAAACACAGAAUACACUCUACAAGACAGGAUAGAAGCCCGUAUGUCCAAGUCAGCAGCCAAUCAGAGAUCCCCGAGCAUGGUCACAGAGUCCUCCAAGGCUGUGACCUCAGCAGCAGUGGAUGCCAACUCAGGGACAAAGGGCUGCAGAGGUACAGGGAAAGUGCACAGCUUUGGCAAGAGGGAUCAUGCUAUCAAAAGGAACCUCAAUAUCCCAGUGGUGGUGAGAGGCUGGCUCUAUAAACAGGACAGCUCCGGGAUGCGACUGUGGAAAAGGAAGUGGUUUGUUUUGUCAGACUACUGCUUGUUUUACUACAAAGACAGCAGAGAGGAGACAGUGCUCGGGAGCAUCCCUCUGCCCAGUUAUGUCAUCGCACCAGUUGAGCCCGAUGACCACAUAAACCGCAAAUACGCUUUCAAGGCGAGCCAUACAGGAAUGCGCUCCUACAUUUACAAUAAGAACUCUGUGAUUGGCUCACAGGCAGAACACUGCGGGAUGCGGACAUAUUUCUUCAGUGCGGACACACAGGAGGACAUGAAUGGCUGGAUCCGGGCCAUGAACCAGGCUGCGCUGAUGCAGCAGAGUCACACUAUAAAGAGAGAGGUGGAGAAUCCAAAGAAGGCUGUGCAGCAGGCUGUCCCACAGACCAACCAUGUCCACAUCAACCAGAACGCAUCUCAAUCCGAAGGUUUCCUUGUGACAGACAUAGAGGAACCUCCCGAUAAUUGUCUCCAACUGGCUCAUAGAGACGAGGUGAGGUAUGGAUUAGAGAUCCAAGGGAAACCCAGCCAGUCAGGAGAAGAGGAAAGAGGAGAGAGACUCUCUCCAGACUUUGUUGAUGAUGCCACCCACAAGAACGGACCGCCAACUGUGAUCCAAGUUGCUCUGCCACCAGAACAGAAUGGAAAUCUUGUCUAUCAGAGGGGCUUUGUUUCACGCGUCGACCCUGAGAAACAUGUGCAGAGGAAGAAUACGCUGGCACAGGUGGAGCACUGGGUCAAAGUUCAAAAAGGAGACCCACCAAAGAGUGCUCCUUCUUCUGAGUACAACCUCCCUCGGCGGACUCCUCCAUUAAAGCCCAAAGCCAGCACAGCAGAUGCCACCUAUCAGUCGUUGCCAAAGUCUCCCCGUCCCCCGUCUGGCAGCGCAUCUCCUCCAGUAACAUGCAAAUUGCCUAGUGACUACAAGUAUGCCCAUGACCGGCUCAGCCACUUCCGCAUGUCCACCGAUGAGCGCAUGGCCACCAAGGAGGGAAUGGUGUGGCAGCUGUACGAGUGGCAGCAGCGGCAGCAGUUCCGUCAUGGCAGCCCCACCGCUGCUAUCUACACUGGACCCAACUUCACAGACUCCUCAUCUUUUAGAGUUACUGUGGAGAUGCCACGAUCCAUCUCUGUCCCUCCGUCCCCAUGUGAAGUCCCACCGUCAGCCCCCUCCUCCUUCAAACCCUUGUCCCCUCACCGGCCACACACUCCUUCAGACAGACGCACAGUCAGGCCCCGGGAUGAAGUGGCACCUGGGGACAGCACAAGAUCCAGCUCUCCCGGCCAUAUUUGUGGCCAUCUUUCUCAGGCUUCCCAAAUAGAGAGAAGGUCCAUGCCAGCCAUGGGCUACAUCACACACACUGUCAGUGCACCCAGCUUACAUGGCAAAACGCCAGAGGAGCUGACUCUGCUCCUCAUUCAGCUUCGAAGGCACCAGGCUCAGAUGGCUGGUGUGCAUAGCCCCAGAGAUGCGUUCGCUCACCUGCAGCAUCACCAGCACAACGGCCUUCUAGGCCCCGGCAUGCAGGCUGAUGAUACUUACAUACAACUGAAGAAGGACCUGGAGUAUCUAGAUCUGAAGGUGGGCCCCAACAAAGUUACUGGACGUGAGAGUUUAAAAACAGAAAGACCAUCAAGACCUGUGAAAAUAGCAGAAAGUGAUGCUGAUGUGAAAUUAAGUCGACUGUGUGAACAAGACAAGAUUCUACAGGAGCUGGAGGAAGGGAUACGCUCUUUGAAGGAGGACAAGGACAAGCUGGAGUUGGUGCUGGAUGUUUCCCACCAGCAGAUGGAGCAGUACAGAGAUCAGCCGGCCCAUGCAGAGAAGAUUGCUUAUCAGCAAAAAUUGCUACAAGAGGAUGUGGUUCACAUCAGGGCUGAGAUAUCUCAAGUCUCCACAGAGAUGGAGAACGCGUGGAAUGAGUACAGCCGACUGGAGAGAGAUGUGGACUGGCUGAAGUCGGCCCUGCAGGGACAGAUGAACCGCAGCGAUCUCUCUCAGCAAGAUAAAGUCCAGAUCAGAAAAGAGCUGUGGAGGAUUGAGGAUGUUAUUGCAGGCCUCAGCACCAGUAAAGCCAACUACAAAGUCACUAUCUCCUCUGUUACCAACCCAGAGAGGAAAUUUGUGCCUUCAGUGUCGGCGUCAUCAGUGCCUUCUGUGUCUGGGAGCCCGUCUGCUAUGGAGAUGAGAUUGUCCCAGCAGCAGCAGCAGCAGCAGCAGCAGCAGCAGCAGCAGCAGCACCAGCAGCAGCAGCAGCAGCAGCAGCAGCAGCAAAGCCCCCACCUCAGCCCCAGUAGCCACACCCCCACCCUUUCCUCCAGCCCCAGCCAGCAGCCCUUACAUCCCUGGGUGGAUGCAACCAUCACCAGUGGGCUUAAAUGGGGUGAGGAAGAUGUGCCUCCCAGACCUCCUCUACCUCAGCUCUACAGCCCUGAUGAGCAUGCCCCUGCUGUGCCCCCGUUGCCCCGGGAGACAACGGUCAUCAGACACACUUCUGUACGCGGCCUCAAACGACAGUCAGAUGAACGCAAAAGGGACAGAGAGAUUGGCCAGUACACUAAUGGAGACAGUAAGGUGGAGCUUCGGCCUUUCCUGAGUGAUCCAGAGCUCAUGGGAGCUGGAGAUGGCGCCAGCCACAUCAGCGUCGUAGCAUCUGGACAUGAUGGUUACCAGACAUUACCUAGCAGAGGAGUGACGGGCUCCUCGCUUCGGCUCAAUCAGUCCUCGAGCAUCUCCUCGUAUGUGACCCUCCGAAGAGCAGCCUCAGCUGCCGGCAUGAAGGAGAGACCAAAAAGUGCCUUGGAGCGUCUGUACUCUGGAGACCCGGGGCAGCAGCAGAGGGGGAAGAUGAGUGCUGAUGAGCAGCUGGAGAGGAUGAAGAGGCACCAGAAGGCCCUCGUCCGCCAGCGCAAACGCACCCUGAGCCACGGAGACCGCCACGGCUCUUUAUCGCCCCGCACCUCUUCCUCGCGCCCACUUUCAGCAGACUUGGGAUCAUGGAAGAGAGAGCAGGAGUUUGACCUGCAGUUGCUGGAGAGGGCUGUUCAAGGGGAGGAGGCGCAGGGCGUUAGGAGCGUUCAGGGGGAGGAAACGCCUCCCGAGCACAAAGAGAGGCCGCGCUCCCGCUCUGACGAAUGGCUGACCUUGCGCUCCACAGGCACAGCAUCUCCCGCCCAUGAGGUCGACCUGGAACCACUAGACUAUGACCUGGACCUUAACAAAGAGCUUUCCAAGCCUCCGAAAGUAUUGAUCCCGGAGCGCUAUGUGGAUUCAGAGCCUGAGGAGCCUCUCAGUCCACAGGAGGUGGAGGAUCGUCAUCGUAAGGUGGAGCGCAUCAAGAGCAUCUUGGCAAAGUCCAGUGUGCACAACCUAGCACCCACAGUGACUGUGGACAAGCCAGAGGUUGGGCUUGUGGCACUCGACUCAGCUCUGCAGGAGCAGGAGAGGAUCAUCACCAUGUCCUAUGCUCUCGCCUCGGAAGCUUCGCUCAAGAGCAAACUAGUCACAGCUCAAGCAAUUUUUGGACACUAAGGUGCUAUUCCACAAUGACAACAAACUAUUGUAUUCUGCAAGAAAAGGAUUUUUGGACAUUUACGUCUUUCCAUACGCAGUACAAGAACUGCACUAAACAUUGACAUACUUGCUGAGGCUCACGCAGCAUUGACUUCUUAAAAUGUUUCCAGUUACUGAAAGCAAGAAGAAAAUGGAAGACUUUGCAAUGGGAGCUGCUGUGCUAAUUAUCUAUGGAAACGUCUAACAAAGGUUAAUCUCAUAAUAAUAUUUUCUACAUGUUAUUGCACUUUGAAUUCUACACUGUAUCAUGUUUUCAAGAUAUCACUGAAUGGCUAUUACUUGCAGUGUGAUUGCAACUGGGAACUUGUUUUUGUUUUUGUCAGGUACAUAUUGUUAAUAACAAGGUACUAAAUGUACAUAUUGUUAAUAACAAGGUACUAAAUGUGUCAUGAUGGUAGUAUUUUUGUCAAAACUCAGAUAAUAUUCUUACACCAAACCACUUGAAAUAUCAUAUGUAUGUACCUGUAGCACUGCCAGUCCCCUUUUAGCUUGCCAAAAUGAAUUUUAUUUUUGCUUACAUCAGGAUGAAAAUAACCUUUAACAUAUUUUCUGUGUGACUGGGGAAGGUUGCACAAUGGACAUUUAUAUUUAAAAAAAAUA